UGCGCUUGAUUGCGUUCUACGAUCGUCAGAACAUACCCGAAGAGCUAUUGAAUCAAAGUGGUUGGGAAGGGAUGGACGACCGAAUUCAGUUUCGCCAGGCCAUUGGGAAACUAUUGGGAUUUUCACUGGUUACGACUGUAAAAUGUAAGGACAAGACAUUUUACGAGCUUCAUCGUUUGGUCCAACUGUCUUUACAAAUUUACCUACCAACCGAAGAGUUGAAUCGAUGGAGGACCACCGCGCUGGGAGUGGUUUCACGUUUGUUCCCUCGGGAUGAGGACAAAUGGAGAUAUAGUGGUUCUGCAUACAUUGCACAUGUGCUUGCAGUAACAAAAGGUUCCACGGAUCCCACUGCCGAAGAGCUUUGUUACCCCCUAGGACAGUACUAUAUAGAUAUGGGCUUCUACGACGACGCAGAAAUUCAAUUGCGUCGAUGUACUGCUGUGCGGGAAGAAAGCGGAGAGUAUGACUGCGAUGAAGAAGGUCAGAGGAGGAUUAUACUCCUCGGGGCGGUAAGCAUAUAUCAGGGAAAGGCAGAGGUGGCCGAGAAGAUGCUUCGGAAUUUGUUGGGGGGCAUUGAGGGAUUAUUGAAUGUAAAUAAUCCCACCGUCCUGCACGCCGUCGACUGCCUAGCUAUGGCGCUACGAUACCGAGGAAAGUAUAACGAAUCAGAGGCGAUGAAUCGGCGUGUACUGGAGGGGCGCAAGAGGAGUCUUGGACUAGACCACCCGAGCACCCUAACAAGUGUCAAAAACCUGGCUAUUGCAUUGCGAUGCCAAGCGAGGUACAAUGAAUCGGAGGCGUUGAAUCGGCGUGCACUGGAGGGGCGUGAGAAAAUUCUUGGACCAGACCACCCAGACACCCUAACAAGCGUCAAUAACCUAGCUAUUGUACUUCGACAUCAAGGAAAGUUUACUGAAUCGGAGACGAUGCACCGACGUGAACUGGAGGGGUGCGAGAAGAUCCUUGGACCAGACCACCCGGACACCCUAACCAGUAUCCACAACCUGGCUACGGUUCUGCUAUACCAAGGAAAGUACGAUGAAUCCGAGGCAAUGCAUCGGCGUGCUCUGGAGGGGCGUGAGAAAACCCUUGGACCUGACCACCCAUACACCGUUUCAAGUGCCCACAACCUGGCUACGUCGCUGCGUAGCAGAUAGAGACUAUGAUGAUUCAAAAAAAAAUUAGAGCACUACGCACGGCAAACACCUCCGAGAGCCACUGAGGAUAAGCGGCCACCAUUUUCCUACUGCGCUGCCACUAUUCGCGAGGUAAAUUGGUUUUCCGCAAGGGUAACACAUGGGCAAUGUUAUCUAUCCCCUCGCAGGUAGUUUG